AUGAGUAAUCAAACUCAAGAUACAAAAGAUAUCCAAACCAAGCCCACCUAUCAAGAAGUUGAGCAAGCUUUAAUUAAUGUAGUUAAAGCAGGCAUCUAUUAUAAAAAGCCAAAAGAAGAUAAGUUAAUGCAAAGUUAUAAAGAGCGAAUUAUAAAAUUACGUCAAGCAGAAGAUCCAGAAGAAUAUAUAUUAAA